CCAUGCCUCGAAAGACGGUCCUCAGAGAACCGGGUUCACCAAGCGCCCAGCUCCCAGGCCCGCGGCGCCCGCGGCGUCCCCACGGCUCUCCUGCGCCCUCUGCUGAGCGCCCUGGUGCCGCUCGCCUGCCGCCCCGGGGGCUCCCUGGGCUGCGCCCUGCCUCGGGGCCACGUGCAGGUGAGCAGGGACAACUUGGCGCUCCUGGGCCAAAUGCGCACACUGUCCCCUUUCUUGUGCCUGCGCGACAGGAAAGACUUCCGGCUCCCCCGGGACACGCUGGAGGGCGGCGGGCGGCAGGGGGCCCAGGCGGCCGCCGUCCCCCGCAGCUGCCAGCACGUCUUCACCCUGCUGCACACGGAGCGCUCCUCGGCCGCCUGGAGCCCCGCGCUGCUGGACAGGCUCCGCGCGGGCCUCCACCGGCAGCUGGAAGGCCUGGACGCCUGUGCGGGGCGGGCCCCGGGGACGGACGGCCCCGCCCUGGCCAUCAGGAGGUACUUCCAGGACAUCUGUCUCUACCUGCAAGACAAGGGAUACAGUGACUGCGCCUGGGAAGUUGUCCGGCUGGAGAUCAAGAGAGCCUUGUCCUCCAUGGUGACCUUGCCAGAUAGGUUAGGAAUCAAGGACGGAGACCCGGGGUCACCUUGA